AUAUAAAAAAAUUUGGACUGUGUCGCUUUUUUCAUUCUUUCCCAUUAGCAAAUAUCUUAUAUAAUCACACUACAAUCUCACUAAGCUAUACCAACAUAACAUCUGUUUCUUCCAACUUCUUUUUUUCUUCUGAUCCAAACCAAUCAAUCAUUCAUGACCAUUCUUACUUCACAAAUGUCACUUCUUUUGCUUCUACUUUUAUCUUUAACCACAUUUCACAGAAGUGUGUCUAGUAAUGAUCAAAAAUUGGUUCAAUGCAAUGAGAAAGAUGAAGAGACAUUGUUAAUCUUCAAAAAGGGAAUCAAUGAUAGUUAUGGUAAGAUAUCAACAUGGUCAACCGAAAUAGAUUGCUGUGCAUGGGAAGGAGUCCAUUGCGACAACAUUACUGGCAGAGUUACAGAACUUGAUCUCGGCAAUCAUGGUUUGACUGGUGAGAUUAACUUGUCUAUCCUACAACUUGAGUUUCUGAGUUACUUGGAUUUGAGUUUGAAUCAUUUUGAUGUGAUGAAUAUUCCAGCCACUCAACACAACAUCACACAUCCAUCUAACCUUAUCUACCUUGACUUAUCCACUGAUUCCAUCUAUGCUUCUCUUCACAUGAAUAAUCUUGAUUGGCUUUCUCCACUUUCUUCAUUGAAAUAUCUGAACCUUAGUUUUAUUGAUCUUCAUAAGGUAACCAAUUGGCUUCAAGCUGUUAAUACACUUCCUUCACUAUUAGAAUUACAACUGAGUGAUUGUAAACUGAACAACUUCAUCAUCAACCCAUCUAUUCAAUAUUCGAAUUUGUCUUCACUUUUAACCCUUGAUCUUUCUUACAACAACUUGACCUCUCAGAUACCAAAUUGGUUUUUUAAUCUCACCAGAGAUCUCGCUUAUCUUGACCUUUCAGGUAACCAUAUACAUGGUGAGAUACCUUCAAGCUUGCUAAACCUUCAAAAUCUGAGAUACCUUGAUCUCUCUUUUAACAAACUACAAGGUUCAAUUCCAGAUGAAAUAAGCCAACUACCAAAUAUUCAACACCUUGGUCUUUACCGUAACAUGUUAAGUGGUUCCAAUAUUCCUUCAACUUUAGAAAACCUCUCAUCCUUAAAUUACUUGUCCAUUGGUGGUAAUAAUUUCUCAGGUGAAAUUUCAGAAAAUACAUUUUCCAAACUCUCUAAUUUAGAUUCACUAGACUUGUCAAGUUCUAAUUUUGUAUUCCAAUUUGAUUUGGAUUGGGUUCCUCCUUUUCAACUCCAUGAACUUUAUUUGGGAAAUACAAAUCAAGGUCCAAACUUUCCAUCUUGGAUAUAUACACAGAAGUCACUGCAAUAUCUCGACUUAUCGAGUUCGGGAAUUUCAUUGGUAGAUAGAAACAAUUUUUCGAGCCUUAUAGAAAGAAUAUCUGAUUAUCUUGAUUUGUCAAACAAUUUCUUGACUGGGGACAUAUCAAACCUAACACUAAAGGGUGAUACUUUAUAUUUGUCAAACAAUAGUUUCACAGGAGGACUCCCAAACAUAUCACCGAAUGCCGGUGUUGUUGAUUUUUCUUACAACUCCUUCUCAGGAUCAAUUCCACAUAGUUGGAAUAACAUGAAAGAAUUAAUUAUCAUUAAUUUAUGGAGUAAUAAGCUAUCUGGUGAAGUUUUGUUACCCUUCUCUGAUUUGAAACAAUUGCAUAACUUGAACUUGGGGAAAAAUAAACUUUCUGGAACCAUACCAAUCAAUAUGUCCCAAAAAUUACAAGUGGUCAUAUUGAGAGAUAACCUAUUUGAAGGGACUAUUCCACCACAACUAUUCAAUCUCCCUGAUUUGUUUCAUUUGGACCUUGCACAAAACAAACUUUUGGGAUCUAUUCCUGAUUGUGCCUACAACUUGACUCAAAUGGUUGCUUCUAAUAAUGUGAAUUCAUUCUAUGCUGAUGUUACAUAUGAGUUGUUUACAAAAGGUCAAGACUAUAUGUACCGUAUUAACCCACGUAGGCGGACUAUUGACCUUUCAGCUAACAACUUGUCUGGAAACGUGCCACUGGAAUUAUUUCACCUUGUUCAAGUUCAAACGUUGAACUUAUCUCAGAAUAAUUUUAUUGGAACAAUAUCUAAGAUGAUUGGAGGCAUGAACAAUAUGGAGUCCCUUGAUCUCUCUAAUAAUAAGUUUUGUGGUGAAAUUCCUCAAAGCAUGUCUCUGUUAACCUUUUUGGAAUAUUUGAAUUUAUCAUGCAACAAUUUUGAUGGAAAAAUCCCAAUAGGAACUCAACUUCAAAGUUUUAAUGCAUCGAGCUACAUUGGGAAUCCUAAACUAUGCGGAGCUCCUCUUAAUAAUUGUACUAUAAAAGAAGAAAAUCCUAAAAAUGCAACUCCAUCUCCGGAGAAUGAAGAUGAUGACUCCAUACGAGAAUCAGUGUUUCUUGGCAUGGGAGUUGGAUUUGCAGCAGGUUUCUGGGGAAUUUGUGGUUCUUUGUUUCUUAUUAGGAAGUGGAGGCAUGCAUGCUAUCGGUUUGUUGAUGGAGUGGGUGGCAAGGUCUAUGUAACUUUGAUGGUAAAGUUAAAUAGCUUUCACAGAAAUUGAACUCCUGCUAGUUAAGGUGAUUAUGCAAGUGGCAGAUCAUGAAAUGUUAUGCAGAUUGCAGAGCUAUUGUGAUGUCAACAUUGAAGAGUUCUAUAAUAUGAGGAAUGAGAUCAUAUUCAUAUGUAACUGCUUACUACAGAAUUCAUUUUUUACUUGCUGUAAUGUUUUUGUUCAUUGAAUAAUUUUAUAUCAUAUAAGAUUGCUGUAGAAAAGAAAAACCAAUAUUUUGAAAUCAAAGAUAAACUAGAACUUGCUACAA